GACUACGACGACCCGAGGCGGGACCACGGCGAUCCGUGCCGGCGCGCGCGCGCUGGGCCCGCCGCUCAGUCGCUUACGCCAGCUCCCCCUAGAUCCUGCGGCGCAUGUGCCCGGCCCUCUCUGCCCGGCCCUGGAUUCCGCUCCCUCGCAGUUUCCGCUGCCGCCGCCGCAGCCGCCCGUAGAGCCCGCGCCAGCCCCGCCGCCCAUGGCCGGGACGCGCUGGGUGCUCGGGGCUCUGCUCCGGGGCUGCGGCUGCAACUGCAGCAGCUGCCGGCGCACGGGCGCCGCCUGCCUGCCGCUCUAUACGACGGCCGGCGCCUUCCCCGCGGGGGUGUCGGGCCGCCGCCGCCUCCUGCUGCUGCUCGGGGCGGCCGCCGCCGCGGCCGCCCAGACGCGGAACCUGCAGGCCGGCCGCCUGGUGGGGCCCUCGCCGCCUCUUCCGGCCGGGGGGGCCGUGGCCGCGGCCGCCGCCUCUUUCCAGGCCCUGCGCGGGCCCCUGCUGUCUUCCGCUGUCCCCGCCGCCGCGCCUUCGCCCUCGGCAGGCCGCGGCUACAGCCAGGAUUCCAAUAGCUAUCUGGAAGACAUCCCACCACUCUCUGAGUAUGACCUGGCUACAUCCAAGUUAGGAGAGGAGGAGGAUGACAUAUAUCUCAUUCGCGCCCAAGGAUUGCCUUGGUCCUGCACUGUGGAAGAUGUGCUUAAAUUUUUCUCUGACUGUAGAAUUCGAAAUGGUGAGCAUGGAAUCCAUUUCCUGUUAAAUAGAGAUGGGAAACGCAGGGGAGAUGCAUUAGUUGAACUGGAGUCGGAACAGGAUGUAAAGAAGGCCUUAGAAAAACACCACCUGUACAUGGGUCAGCGCUAUGUAGAAGUUUAUGAAAUAAACAAUGAAGAUGUGGAUGCCUUAAUGAAGAGCCUGCAGGCCAAGUCAAACCCUGUGGUUAAUGAUGGCGUGGUUCGCCUGAGAGGACUUCCUUACAGCUGCAAUGAGAAGGACAUUGUGGAUUUCUUUGCAGGUCUGAAUAUAGUUGACAUAACAUUUGUCAUGGAUCACCGAGGGAGAAGGAAAACGGGGGAAGCUUACGUGCAGUUUGAAGAACCAGAAAUGGCCAACCAAGCUCUGUUGAAACACAAGGAAGAAAUUGGGAACCGGUACAUAGAAAUCUUCCCAAGCAGAAGAAAUGAAGUCCGAACCCAUGUUGGGUCUCACAAAGGGAAGAAGGCAGUGCCUUCUAUGGCCAAGUACGGGACUGAACCAGAAUUGAACUUUGAAGAACAUGAUGGGAGUGAGGAACUCCGACCUAUCACAACCUUUGAAAGUGAAAAGGAAAUGGAAUUACCCAAGGAGGCACCUGAGAAGACUCCUGAGGCUGCUGAUUUUGGAACCCUGCCUUCACUGCAUUUUGUUCACAUGAGAGGAUUGCCUUUCCAAGCCAAUGCGCAAGACAUUAUAAAUUUUUUUGCUCCACUGAAGCCUGUUCGUAUCACCAUGGAAUACAGCUCAAGUGGGAAAGCCACAGGUGAAGCUGAUGUGCACUUCGAGACUCAUGAGGAUGCCAUAGCAGCGAUGAGCAAGGAUCGAUCCCACGUGCAGCAUAGGUAUAUUGAGCUGUUCCUGAAUUCUUGUCCAAAAGGAAAAUAAGAGUUGGCAGGAGCACCACUGAAUCCAUAGAAGGAUGAAGCAAGAAGCAUUUCAUUUGCACACCUAUCUUGGACAUGGAAUCCCGAGUUUUAUCAGCAGCUUUGUCUAGGAAAACUUUUUUUUUUUUGGGAGGGGGGGAAUUAAUAGCUUUGAAGAAAAAUUCCAUAGCUGGCUGUUUAGAAAAGAGAAGAUUCAGUUUGGGAUUAUGAAAUAAACCACACAUUUAAAUUUUUGUUUAUAUUGUCUAGGAUCUGAUUGAAAAUCUGAUUUUUUUUUUUUUUUUUAUGCCCACACAGCUUGAUGGGGAGAAUGAACCUAACCCAACUACUCUUCAUUUUUAUUCAUUUAACCUUGUUUUUAUAACUUAGACAAAGGUUUUGUUCUCUAAGAAUGGGCAACCCCGAUGCAAAACUCCUAGUUUGAAGGCUGUAGUUGUAGCAUUGUAUUGACGACUGCAACCAGAUGCUCACCAAAGCAGGGAAAGAGUUCUGAACUUGGGGGAGACAGGGUGGUUUUCAGGUUUAACAAUAACCAGCAAGGAGGGGUGGGAACCAAAUUGAAAAUGUACCUGGUUUUUAGUGGAGGCUGGUGGUCUUAGUGUAAAUGUUGUGGUCCCUUAAGCCUUAUGAUAUCUAACAUUGGUGCCUGGUAAAUUUACAUGGUCAUUAAGCAGUACUAUAGAUUAAGGGAAUCUUAACUUCAUCUUAAAGGUGCCUGAACUCUAAAAGCGCACACCCCUGGUGGGUUUAGUUUUGAACCAAUUAAAAUGGAAGAGGUCACAAGGCCAGACCUUGGAGGACAGCCACUUCAGGGGUAGCCAGGCAAGCGAGCCCAGUCUUCUGUGGGCCAGGUAGCCCCUCCUGGGCAAGGCACGCUUUAGUGUUUGCUCCCGUCCAUCUGUCCCUCCUUGGCUCUGCAUGCACAGGUGCAUGUGUGUGAUCUUGAAACUAGAGGUGCAUGUAGCACCUGGCUUAGGUGAAAGUCGAAUUUGAUUAGUCCUAAGAAUGGCUGGUAGACAAAAACUCUCCCUCUCACAAUGGCAGUGUUUUCUGGUUUAGUAUUUUAAAUAGCUCCUUCACUUCAUCAGUUCAAGCUGCCAACUCCAGUUAUAUGCUUCACCUAAGUUGAUGUGCAGCUGUCCAAGUGAAUCCAAGUGCUGUGUGCUGUCCUCUUCCCCUUGCUUGCACCACCUCUUCUCAGGAUGACAGUCACGUAGUUUACCAGGAGAUGCAAUCAAGUUUCUGCAAGCUAAUUACCCCAAGACUGUGGGAGAUGGUGUCUGGAAGAGGGGAGUUGUCUUCUCUCACAUAAUACAUUACCAUAUGUAAUUACCAGCUAAACUUAUCAAAUCACUGUACUGUAAAGUUAGUCAAUAAAUGAAGGCUUAUUUCAGGCUGAA